CCUCUUCUCCGACAUCAGCAGCAGCAGCAGCAGCAAGUUCUUUCACAUUUGGAACGGGAGCACCGCCAGCACCACCACUAUCAUCAAUACCUCCAACCACCACUUCAACAGCAACAUCAGCAGCAGGCGGCGGCGGCGGCUACACUACUACAAGUGCAACAACACCACCAGCAGCAACAGCACCAACAACAACAACAGCAGCAGCGCAUAAAAACUGGUUGGGGCGCGACGUCAGCGACAGCAGCAGCAGCCGCGGCAGCGGCGACGUCGUCUUUCAUACAGAAUAUUGUCAGCACCGCCGCCAGCAGCAGCAGCACCACCACCAGUGGAGGAGGAGAGCUUUUGAUAUGAAUAAAUUUUGGGUGCUGACCAAUUUGAUUCAAAAUUCAAACGUGUAUCCUAUACCUAAAGUUGAGCAUCCGCACCACCAGCAAUCGGAUCAGCAGCAGCAUCCACCAUCUUCGCAGCACCAACAGCAACAGCAGCAGCAUCAACAACCGCCUCCGUCCCAUCAGCCGCCGUCAUCGACGACAUCGUCUAAGGGCGGAGGAAGUCGUCAUCCCGCGGGAGGCAAUCACCCGCUAGGACCGGCUGCGCCGGGACUCUACCAUAAUCCGGGUGGUGUGCCAGGGCCACCGCCCCCAAGUGCCAGCUCGGCACCAACUGUACCAACAUCGGCUAUAGGAUCAACACACUUAACGAAUCUUUCGGGACCUCCUGCUACGCACAGUAGUAGAGGUAGCAGCGGUCAUCCAGCGCCACCGUCCGGAGCUCAUCUACAGCAAUUGAACGGCACUGUCCCGACGGACCACACGAAACCCCAGUAUUUAGGCAACAUGCAGGUGCAUCCGGCCCACAGUGGCAGCGGUCACCAUCCACCGCCCCCGCCGACGCAGGGUCCACCCCAGUCGGCGCAUCCGCCUCCACCGCAGCCGAUUCCGAUCGUGAAGCCCGAGUUCAAGGUGCCCUCGCUGCCCGCCCAUCUGAUGGAUGUCCGGGGGCCGGACGGUUCGAUCGUCAAGAUCAACAUGCCGGAGCACCACGAUCCGAGCAAGCCGCCCAACAACGUGGAAAUGUUGAAAGUCAACAUCGAGGAUCUCAGUCAAUUUCUGUCGUACCACGAAGUUUUCGGAAAGCUUCCCUCCGACAUGCUAACGGGCCCGUCCGCUAGCCUAGUGCCAUCAUCCGCUACCAAUACUGCGACGACCAGCGGCGGUCAUAGUAAUGGUAAAUUAAACCACGUCCGCCAGCAGCAUCCGCAGGGCGAAUCGCCAUUCAAGUGCAGCUACUGUGCGAAAAGUUUCACCCGGAAGGAACACCUGACCAAUCACGUCCGCCAGCACACCGGGGAAUCGCCGUACCGCUGUCCGUACUGUGGCAAGACCUUCACCCGGAAGGAACACCUUACGAACCACGUCAGAUUGCACACGGGCGAAACUCCCUAUCAGUGCACAUACUGCGGGAAGAAAUUCACGAGAAAAGAACACCUUACCAAUCAUGUCAGGUUACACACCGGAGAGACCCCGUUCCAGUGCACUUAUUGCGAGAAGAAGUUCACGCGAAAAGAGCAUUUGACAAAUCACACGAGGUUACACACCGGCGAAACUCCUUUCCAGUGCUCCUACUGUCAGAAGAAAUUCACCCGCAAAGAGCAUUUAACGAAUCAUGUCAGAUUACAUACUGGAGAAACCCCCUUUCAGUGUACAUAUUGCGAAAAGAAAUUCACGCGCAAAGAGCAUUUAACGAACCAUGUCAGAAUACACACUGGCGAGACUCCGUACCGGUGCACGUAUUGUGAGAAGAAAUUUACCAGAAAAGAGCGUUUGACGUAUCACAUAAGAUGGCACACCGGAGAGACUCCGUAUCAUUGCACAUAUUGCGAGAAAAAAUUCGCACGAAAAGAACAUUUAACGAAUCAUGUCAGAUUGCAUACUGGUGAGACGCCCUAUCACUGUACCUAUUGCGAGAAAAAAUUUACCCGCAAAGAGCAUUUAACGAACCAUGUCAGAUUGCACACUGGAGAGACUCCCUAUCAGUGCACAUAUUGCGAGAAGAAAUUCAGUAGAAGAGAGCGUUUAACGAUUCACACAAGAAUACAUACUGGAGAGACUCCUUAUCGAUGCACAUAUUGUGAUAAGAAAUUUACCAGAAAAGAGCGUUUAACGUAUCACAUAAGAUUACAUACCGGAGAGACCCCCUAUCAGUGUACCUAUUGCGAGAAAAAGUUUACGCGAAAAGAGCAUUUAACAAAUCAUGUCAGAUUGCACACCGGCGAGACUCCCUAUCAGUGCACUUACUGUGAGAAGAAAUUCACUCGAAAAGAGCAUUUAACCAACCACACAAGAUUGCACACUGGAGAAACUCCCUAUCAUUGCACCUAUUGCGAGAAGAAAUUUAUGCGAAAAGAACACUUGAAAAACCAUGUCAGAUUGCAUACUGGAGAAACUCCCUAUCAAUGUACGUACUGCCAGAAGAAGUUUACGCGAAAAGAGCAUUUAACGAAUCACACCAGAUUACACACUGGCGAAACUCCCUACCAUUGCACUUACUGUUCGAAGAAGUUCGCUCGCAAAGAACAUCUCACGAAUCAUCUCAGAUUACACACUGGCGAGACCCCUUACCAAUGCACGUACUGUUCGAAGAAGUUCACUCGAAAAGAACAUCUCACAAACCACCUCAGAUUGCACACCGGGGAAACUCCUUACCAGUGUAGUUUUUGCCAAAAGAAGUUCACGAGAAAAGAACAUUUAACGAACCACGUCAGAUUACACACGGGCGAGACUCCUUAUCAGUGCUCGUAUUGCCAGAAGAAGUUUACGAGAAAAGAGCAUUUGACGAAUCACACCAGAUUGCACACUGGCGAGACUCCCUAUCAUUGCACCUAUUGCGAGAAGAAAUUUAUGAGAAAAGAGCAUUUAACGAACCAUGUCAGAUUGCACACCGGAGAAACUCCCUAUCAGUGCACAUAUUGCGGGAAGAAAUUCACCCGAAAAGAGCAUUUAACCAAUCACAUCAGAUUGCAUACCGGAGAGUCUCCCUAUCGGUGUGAGUACUGUAACAAGUCAUUCACCAGAAAAGAACACCUCAAGAAUCAUGUCAGGCUUCACACCGGCGACUCACCCCACAAAUGCGAGUACUGCAACAAAACGUUCACGCGCAAGGAGCAUCUCAACAACCAUAUGCGUCAGCACAGCGGAGACAAUCCGCACUGCUGCAACGUGUGCAAUAAGACCUUCACGCGGAAGGAGCAUCUUAUCAACCACAUGAGUCGGUCCCACACCGGCGAGCGUCCGUUCCAGUGCGACGAGUGCGGCAAGUCGUUCCCGCUCAAGGGUAACCUGCUGUUCCACCAGCGCAGCCAUACCAAGGGUCAGCCGAUGGAGCGGCCCUUCCGCUGUGACAUGUGUCCGAAGGACUUUAUCUGUAAGGGACAUCUGGUGUCCCAUCAGCGAUCUCACACCGGCGAAAAGAAUCACCACUGUCCGCAGUGCAGCAAGUCCUACGUCGAGCGUGGCAAUAUGCUGCGGCACAUGAAGAAAACCCACCCGGACGCGGUUAUGCCUGUGCUGCCCAAGCUGCCGCACAUUAAGGUAGAACCGAAGUCCACCGGUGAGUACUUAUCUCAGCCCACGUCGGUGGUGACGUCCCCGGCUCAAGCCACCUCCACAAUCACAUCGAUCAUCUCCAAUACUCAUCCAUCGCAGCAUCAUCACAUUCAACCGAAAAUGGAACAGAAAUCUCAGAUACAUCAUCUUCCGAUUCCCCAUCAGCAUCAGGCUCACCAGCUGCACCACCACAUCUCGGCCCCGAUGCAUCUGCCCCCGCCAAACCCCCAGCAGCUGGCAGCACUCGCCCUGCACCACCAGGCGGCCCAGCAGCAACAACAAUCCUCACCCUCAACGGGCCGAACACAGCCUUCUCCUCGUACAUCACAUCCGCCGCCGCCGCAGCAGCAGCAGCAUCCACAGCAACAGCCGGGCCCCCCGCAGGUCCCCCCGGGACAGCCGGUCCCCCCGGAAAACCAGCAGCAGUCCCAGCAGCCGGUCCCGGGCCCGGGCCCAACUGGACCCCUGCCACCACAGCACCAUACGGUCCCGGUUACUAUUAUAACCCACGCUGGCACAAUUAAUCCGAUGCCGGAUGGGCUGAACAACCGGGUCGGCACCAUUCAGAUGCACCACCUGAAUGCGGCCCAAUCGGAGGAGCAUUCGGUUGUAUACUAGAGCAGAAUGUGGCCGGGUGCGGGCGGAACUAGACGUGUGCCACUCCAGUUGAAAAACUAAACAGAAGCAACACAGAUACGCUUUCACAAGUGUAGAGCGACAAACAAGUGGAGUACAGUACAGAUUUGCAAUUAGUAGUUUUUAAACAUAUAGGAGGAAACGUUACUCGUAACCAGUAAUACAACAUAGUGGAAACAUGUAUGCGACAACAAAGUACUAUGGUAUAUAACUAUACAUUUAUAUAUAUACACACAAAAGAAAACAAUAACAAGCAGAUUAACACACAUGAAUCGAUAUCAAAUAUCGAGAAAAAAAAACUUACUAAAAGUAAUGAGUAAAAAUAAUAAAGAAAUGAUGGAAAAACACACACAAACACAAACAAACUAAUGGUAAAAUAGUAAAAAACAAAUAUGCUAGGUCGAAAAUCUUGAAAUAUAUUGUAAUAGAAGAAAAAACUCACAAAUGCUACAAUACACACAUGCAGAACGACAGAUCCGAUGCAAAACGCUGACUGUUUGCAGCGCCGCGAUGCAGCAUUUUUGUUCGAUACGUGUGAGACAGCAGCCGGACGGGAUAGAAACAAAAUAGACGCCGUUUAAUGAAACAAAAAAAACAGUGAAUACAAAACACAGAACCCUUAGGUAAAGCUAUUACAAGAUGAUCAUAGAAAUCAAUACUUAACAAAAUAAGCAAGUUGUUGAAAUAGGUGAAAUAAAACAAAUAGUAAUUGAUUUUACCCCGCAGUUGAUAAAUGCAAGUUAGUCCGAACUGAACGAAGAGAGCGCGUAGGAAGAGGAUGUUGCUGAAAAGGAAAAAAAACAAUACACACACACAUUUUUGGAUCAGAAACAAAAAGAGAUAGUAAGCAAGUUCUACUCGAGCCUGAACUGAAGCACAGACGAAGCGCAGUUGCAAUAGUGUGGUAACACUAAAUGAAUAGUACAACAUUAUUAAAAAACAGUAACUAUUAAGAGUAGAAACAAACAAACAAAAAAAACAACAAACAAAUGAUCGUUUGAAAAAAAAGAGCACCACAAACUGACGGAAGUUUACCUAGAUGAAUAACAAUCGUGCGUAUUAAAUAACAGCUCAUCAUAGUUCAUCUCCUGCGCCGUUUACUAGGGAAGUCGCCAUAACUGCUGCCGCCAUAUAAGACAGACAUGGAAGGAAACGAUCAUGUCGCACAAUCACCACCAUAACCGUAAUAGUCACACACACCUAAUGAAACAGACAGAAGCUCACCACUCAUGCAAAACUAGCAAUAGAAGGGACAUACCGAAUCAUACACAUCCGCACACCAAGACAACCGAUAACCAACACACAGAACAACACUGAUAAUAGACCAAAUGAAGAAAAAAAACCAAAUGUUCACUCUAGAGGACAUUUACAAACUAAAAAAAAAAACAUGCAUCCAACAGACAAAUACACAGCACUUUCCAAGUAGUAUAAAAAAUAGUGCAUCCAUUUCCUUUCCCCCCAAGCAAACCACAUCUAUGAAGAGACAACAAAAUACAAUCCCCCAGCAGAACAAUUAUUUUUCUAUGUCUUGUGUGUUUUUUGUAAUGUAAAAGAACAAAAGUAUCGUGAGAAACAACAAAAAAGAAAUUGAUUGAGGGUUUUCUGAUUUUCCACAGAACAGAACGUUUUCAUUUUUAACACACACAAGCACCUAUCAAUCAAACAAUUAACCGGGAGGGGUUGACCUCCCGCGUUUUAUUUAACCAUAACUUAACAAUAGUUCCAUAGAAAUCUAUAAACAAUAGUAACCAGUUUUAUCCACAAGCAUACUACGCAAUAGAAUAUAACUCGGAGGGUGGUCCGGUCACACGCGAUCGAAGCCGCAGCGGUCCAGAAGAAUACGCACCCGCAACAGACCGCUGGUUUCGACGAGUAGAAGAAAAAAAAAUCACCCUUCAAAAACAGCUACAAACUAUACUAAUUUUAAUUCGUACAGAAUAAUAAUAGUCUGGAAAAGAUUCUUCUUCUAAUAAUAACAGAUAAUGUAAAUGUAAGCCCGAACACUUCACUCCCACAAUAACCGAGGGAGAGUAAAAUUGUUGGUAAAAAUCAUAAAGCAACUGUGCGUGUGAAACUCACAGCUCGAAAUGUUUGAAGGCAACCAACAAAUUGGGUUUAUUUGAGAGCAAAACGAUAUAAGCUUUGAGAGUUUGCAUUAGCAGUUCACAAUUUUUUGUUGACUUUUUUUUCUAAAGCACAACAGUAACAAUAAAUAAACAAUAAACCGAACAUUAUAAACCACCGUUGAAACAUUAUCGAGACACCAAUAACAACAACAACAACCAAUCUCUAUUACUGAUGAAAACAGAAGUACAGCAACAAAGUAAAUCAACACAUACAUAAUAUCAGCAAUAGUAACAAAUCAAAACAGGAAAGCAGCGAAGCGCUAGACUAGGGACCGAGCAUCUUUUUUCGUCAUGAGACGAGAUGCUGCAAUCCGUGAUCUAUGCUUCUGCUCGCGAACGCAGGAUACAAUAGCACUUGUUUAUUUGAUUCGUUUUUUUUCGUUUUUGUUCUUAUUUCAUUUUGUUUCCGUAGUCUCUAAUGUGUUUGUUUGCCAGAUUUACAGCAUUCUUAAUACGACUUAUUUGUUGUGGCGCAUUUUAGUGACGAAAAAAGCAAAAAGCAAAUUUGCAAAAUCGCCUCAAUUGCUGAUGUCAUUCUCGGAAAGAAUUAGGGCGAAGUUGAAUUUGCGAAUAUGAAUGAUACUUUUACGGUUAUACAACAUUUACCCGAAUUUGGUUCACCCGAAGAGAGGGAUAAUUAUUAAAAAAUAAGAUUUUGACUUUUGUCAAAUCUCUUACAAAAAAUACGGUUUAUUCAAUACAACUUGAAAAAUAAGGGGCGCUUGCAGUUGUAUUUAUAAAAUUGUCGGAACUAAACUAAAGAGUUCCAAUGACUGCAGUGAAUUUGAUGUUACACCCAUACCUCGCUAUACGGUCGCUCUUUAUACGGCAUUUCGCUACAGCGGCCCUCUGGAAUUCGGGGGGCGUUUUCGAUUUACGGCCUAAAAUGUUUCGCUAUAACGGCAAUUUUUUUUUCGAUGACGAUAUUUCUGGAUAGGUUCAUAUUAGAGUACCAAUGAAAAUGGCCAUCUAGAAUUUUUGAACGGAACUUUCUUUAAAAUGUUGAUUCUCUCGAAAAGCUAUCCUGUGCAAAAUAUCAGCUCAAUCGGACUUCAUUUAUUUGUGUCGUACAGCUGUCAAAAUUUGAGUUUUUUUUAAUCCAAAAAAAAAAAGGUUUUUCGAAAAUGUAUUUCUGAUUAAAAUGAAACAGAAAUGUAAAGUGCAUUUAGAAUGAUAAACCAUGUUACAAACAAAUUUGGAACUGAUCCGAUUGAAUUUGUAUGAACUUGUAUUAGAAUAGAAGUAACUAUCCGAACUUUGAUAGAUGGAUCUUUGUUCAUUUUAAAUGCAGGUCAUUUUAAAGCCUCUUAAAAACAAAGAAAGAAGAAGAAUACAGGUCAUUCUUUGAUAAUGGCCAAGUUUAAAAGAGCGAACCACGAGACUGAGCGUGAAUACAACAGAGUUACAAUCAAGUGUAGGAACCAACAUUCAAAACAAGUACUUGUUGUAAGGGUCCUGAAUUUUGCAAAAACUGACAAUUCAGAUUUAAAAUUAUUACUGAUGUGUUGACUGUGGGUUUCGGUCCUCGAUGGCACGCAUAUACUUCCUUUAGAAAUGACAUAGGGUCGGCAAAUGUUUUAUCAAUUUCCAAGGGAAUCCAAUCCAAUAUAGAUAAAGGCGCCAGCUUGGGGAUUGGGCGUCUGAGCAAACCAGUCUUGGUUCGUGCAUCCACCACAUUGACCAAUCCAUUUGCUUCAAAAUAUGCUGAUUCGAUCUUCUACAGUGGCUUGCCGUAUCUCAGGAACAUCUUAAUCGGGCAGAAGUUCUGGGACUUCCAACUGAUAUUCCUCACUGCGCAUGGCCGUUCCACCAAAGAUCGUUUGUUUGAAAAAACUUCAGCAGAUUUACCACGCGACACAACAUUGGCUUGAUUUUCCAGCGUAUUCACCUAUUUCCACUCAAAGUGUGUACCGGCAGAGUUUGGGUCUGAUCACGAACGCCACUUCACGGUGAAAACGAAAUGGAUUGUAUGCAAGGUUAUAUAGAAUUCAUUUGGUUUUCACCGUGAAUGGGCGUUCGUGAUCAGGCUCUUUAUCUCAUCAAUUCGGUUUCGCUGUCAUUCAGCUCUUCGCCUUGGUCGUCGUGGUCGUCCUUGCGUUUUUUUGAGCAGUUCUUCUGCUGACGGAUCCUUUUUUCUUUAUUCACCAGUCCAUCUGGAGCUCUGCAACGCUUCCGUACGUGUUUUCUCGGCGGUUUUCGUUCUUUCGAUCGGCCUGAUUCUACUCGGCGUGUGAGGUGAGAUGACAAUUGUCACAUCACCAUCACGCAACUCUCCUCA